GAGGCCCCGCCCCGGGUGGAAGGUGAUUGACAGGUUGUCUUUGCCCCCGUUGCCCAUCCUACCCGGAGACAGCCUCACCCCGGGGGACACUGAUGGACGAGGUCGAGGAUGUGGAGAUCGGGCCCUGUUUGAAUUCCCGAUACCUGCGGCUGCAGCGGGUUCACUUCACCCAGAAUGGUGCCAGGAAGUACUGGGAUUUCAUGAAAACACAUGACAGUGUCUCAAUCCUGAUCUUCAAUACUACACGGGAAUGCUUUAUUCUGGUCAAGCAGUUCCGCCCAGCUGUCUACAUGUGUGAGUGUGCAAGGCAAGGAAUGUUACCAGAUGAUGAGACAACUGCAGAUGAUUCUUCUCAGUUAGGCAAACUCCUGCCUGCUUCUGCUGGUAUCACCUACGAGCUCUGUUCCGGAAUUGUCGAUAAGCCUGGGCUUUCACUGCAGCAAAUAGCCAAGGAAGAGGUUCUGGAGGAAUGUGGCUACGAUGUGCCAGUGGAAAGUUUGCAAAAGAUUACCUCCUACAGGUCUGGUGUUGGGGUGACAGGAUCAAAGCACACCAUGUUUUAUGUGGAAGUGUCAGACGAUCUGCAUAUAGGACCGGGUGGAGGGCAGGCAGACGAGGGAGAGCUAAUCGAAGUGAUUCAUUUGCCCGUGAAAGACUGGCAAACGUUUGUGUUUGACGAGUGCAUUCCCAAAACGGCGGGUGUGAGUUUUGCUUUCAUGUGGUUUCACAGCAGCAAUGCACCUCGGCUGCAGGCCUCCAAGUGCCGGGUGUCACCCUCUUGCUGAGGAAUCAGAGCCUCUCUCGAUAAGUUUAACCCUGCAGCUGAACGGUCAGUGCAAACCAGCUCAGAAUUGGUGUCAGAACCCUUGCCAAACAUGACCAGUUUCAGGGCUGUCUCAAAUAUAAACACAAUGAUCCACUUUCAGGCAUUUUUAAAGUUAUUCAUCUUCACUUUUGAUGGACUUUGUUCUCCAAAGGAACAUGGAAACAGGAGUCGGCCAUGGCGCCCAUGAAGCUUCUCCCACAAUUCAGUAUGAUCAUUGCGGAUCGAACGUUGCAAUGUCUUUAACUCACCCCAUUCCCAUCUUGGAAUCAAAAAUCUAUCAGUCUCUGCCUUAAACAUACUCAAAAAUGCCUCGGCUCCAGCCCUGUGUGACACAGAAUUCCUUAGGUUCACAAGCCUUGCAAAUAAAACUCUCCUCAUCUCGGGCCUAAGUCACAUCUGCCUAAGUUUAAGGCAGUAAGGACCGCAGACACUGGAAGCCAGAGUCUCUCGAUGUGAGGCUGGAAAAGCACAGCCGGUCGGACGGUAGCCGGGGACAAAGGGUUUUAGCCCGAGAUACUGACUUUCCUGCUCCUCGGAUACUAUCCAACCUGCUGUGCUUUUCCAGCCUCUCACCUUAUUUUUAAAUUGUGCCCCACAUUCCAGACUCCCCAACUGGGGGGGCGGGGGUGCA